UCAGCCUCCGCUGUUUUUGAGUUGCAAAUGAUCUGGGAGUGGUGGGUUGCAGGCAGCCCGUGCCAUCGCCUGGAAGAAGACUUCCAUCUUUCAGUCACUAGUUCCAACGGGCCGUGUGUUCUGGAAGGGGGUGGCAGCAGGGAGGAGGAUGCUCUGAGCAGAGUUCUUGAAGCUUUGCUCUUGGGGGAAGCCGGGCUGUGUGGGAGCCUUCUGAUUGAGCGGAGAGCGUGUGAAUUGGAAAGGAUCCUGAGAGCUGGCUGGUCCCAGUUCCUCUCCGGAAAAGCUGUCGCUCUCGCUUCAGAGAUGCGCCUAGCCUUCGCCUGCAUCACGCUGCAUGUUUUAACAAAUCACUGAAACUCCAAACAUCAACAGCAGUUUCAUUUGGACAGAGUGUAUAUUUUGGAAGUCCGGACUAUUUCACCAUGAAACACAUCUUGUAAAAUCUUUGAAGCAUAAAGCUCUGACCAACAUCUGGAUAAGGAAGCCGUCAUCUGCUGUGUAAGGACCUCAUCAUCUACACCAUGACAAACCAGGAAAAGUGGGCCCAUCUCAGCCCCUCAGAAUUUUCCCAACUUCAAAAAUAUGCUGAGUAUUCUACAAAGAAAUUAAAGGAUGUUCUUGAAGAAUUCCAUGGUAACGGUGUGCUUGCAAAGUAUAAUCCUGAAGGGACCAUAGAUUUUGAAGGCUUCAAGCUGUUCAUGAAGACCUUUCUGGAAGCUGAGCUCCCGGAUGAUUUCACUGCCCACCUUUUCAUGUCAUUCAGCAACAAAUUCCCCCAUUCCAGCCCAAAUGUAAAGAGCAAGCCUGCUCUGCUUUCAGGUGGUCUGAGGAUGAAUAAGGGUGCCAUCACUCCUCCGCGUUCUUCUCCAGCAAAUACAUGCUCCCCAGAAGUGAUUCACCUCAAGGAUAUCGUCUGUUACCUGUCUCUUCUUGAAAGAGGAAGACCGGAGGAUAAGCUUGAGUUUAUGUUUCGCCUUUAUGACACCGAUGGGAAUGGCUUCCUGGACAGCUCGGAAUUAGAAAAUAUCAUCGGUCAGAUGAUGCACGUUGCAGAGUACCUUGAAUGGGAUGUUACAGAACUUAAUCCGAUCCUUCAUGAAAUGAUGGAAGAAAUUGACUAUGACCGGGAUGGCACUGUGUCUCUGGAGGAGUGGAUUCAAGGAGGAAUGACAACUAUCCCCCUCCUCGUCCUGCUGGGCUUGGAAAACAAUGUGAAGGAUGAUGGGCAGCAUGUGUGGCGACUCAAGCACUUUAACAAGCCUGCCUACUGCAAUCUCUGCCUGAACAUGCUGAUUGGCGUGGGGAAGCAGGGCCUCUGCUGCUCCUUCUGCAAGUAUACGGUCCAUGAACGCUGUGUGGCCAGAGCCCCGCCCUCCUGCAUCAAGACCUAUGUGAAGUCCAAGAAGAACACGGACGUCAUGCACCACUAUUGGGUCGAAGGCAAUUGCCCUACCAAGUGUGAUAAGUGCCACAAAACAGUGAAAUGCUACCAGGGCCUCACAGGGCUGCACUGUGUUUGGUGUCAGAUGACACUGCACAAUAAAUGUGCUUCUCAUCUGAAGCCUGAAUGUGACUGUGGACCCUUGAAGGACCAUAUUUUGCCACCCACAACAAUCUGCCCAGUUGUAUUGACUAUGCCCACUGCAGGAGCCUCAGUUCCUGAGGAAAGACAGUCAACAGCUAAAAAGGAAAAGAGCAGCUCCCAGCAGCCGAAUAAAGCAGCAGACAAGAAUAAAAUGCAAAGAGCUAACUCAGUUACUAUGGAUGGACAAGGGUUGCAGAUCACUCCUGUUCCUGGCACUCAUCCGCUUCUAGUUUUUGUCAAUCCUAAAAGUGGUGGAAAGCAAGGAGAACGAAUUUACAGAAAAUUCCAGUAUCUCCUAAAUCCUCGUCAGGUUUACAGUCUUUCUGGAAAUGGACCAAUGCCAGGGUUACACUUUUUUCGCGAUGUCCCUGACUUCAGAGUUUUAGCAUGUGGUGGAGAUGGGACUGUGGGCUGGAUUUUGGAUUGCAUAGAAAAGGCCAAUGUAGUCAAGCACCCUCCAGUUGCUAUCCUUCCUCUUGGGACUGGCAAUGACCUAGCCAGAUGCCUGCGGUGGGGUGGAGGUUAUGAAGGUGAAAAUCUUAUGAAGAUCUUAAAAGACAUUGAAAGCAGCACAGAAAUCAUGCUGGACAGGUGGAAGUUUGAAGUCACACCCAAUGACAAAGAUGAGAAAGGAGACCCUGUGCCUUACAGCAUCAUCAAUAACUACUUUUCCAUUGGCGUGGAUGCUUCCAUUGCACACAGAUUCCACAUCAUGAGAGAAAAGCACCCAGAGAAAUUCAACAGCCGAAUGAAGAACAAAUUUUGGUACUUUGAGUUUGGCACAUCUGAAACCUUCUCAGCCACCUGCAAAAAGCUACAUGAAUCUGUAGAAAUAGAAUGUGAUGGAGUGCAGAUAGAUUUGAUAAACAUCUCUCUGGAAGGAAUUGCAAUUUUGAAUAUACCAAGCAUGCAUGGAGGAUCUAAUCUUUGGGGCGAGUCUAAAAAGAAAAGAAGCCAUCGACGGAUAGAAAAAAAAGGCUCUGACAAAAGGCCCACUCUCACAGAUGCUAAAGAGCUGAAGUUUGCAAGUCAAGAUCUGAGUGACCAGCUGCUGGAGGUUGUUGGCUUGGAAGGAGCAAUGGAAAUGGGCCAAAUAUACACGGGCCUGAAAAGUGCUGGCCGGCGGCUGGCUCAGUGCUCCUCAGUGGUUAUCAGGACAAGCAAGUCACUGCCAAUGCAAAUUGAUGGAGAGCCAUGGAUGCAGACCCCAUGCACAAUAAAAAUUUCACACAAGAACCAGGCUCCAAUGUUGAUGGGACCUCCACCCAAAACUGGAUUAUUCUGCUCACUCAUCAAAAGAACAAGAAACCGAAGCAAGGAGUGAGCUUCUAGAAGAAACCGAAACAGCAUACAUGGAACACUUUGAACCAUUUCAAGUCUCCUGCUCCUACGAAAUCUUUGGAAUUCACAGUUUUUGUUAUUGAGCUGCUGUAAAAAAAAAAAUUGGCUAUUAGAAAAAUUUGUUGUCUCUGUUUUUAUAGGCCUAUUUGCAUGAAAAGUAGAAGUUUAUAUGAUGUGAAACUGCAUAUUUUAGUUGCAUGCACACUCAUAGGUUUUCUGUCUCCCACUCUCAUCUUAUGCCAUUUCCAUUUACUGACUGUGAGAAAAAAACCUGCAAAAGUUCAAGGAAGUAUGAUGGGAAAGGAUUUCUUGUAUAAUUGCUGUCAUUGGCAAGCAGUAAUAAGUAUGGCUGCAACAAUCCCAAGUGAGAAGUGACAUCCUUUGCCUAUUAGAGUCACUGCAUCCAUGGUGUUGGACCUGUGGCUUAAGAAGAAGCUAAAUUCAAACAUUGUAUUAAAGAGUUGCCAAUGAUACCAUGCUCUAGCUCUCUCUUUCUCAAUAUCUUUACUCUUCCCAGAAGACAUUAAGAUGUCAAGCAUAAGAUUCUUCUUGUGCUAUAACACUAUAAAAUGGUUUUCAGUUUGUUUAGCUUUGCCUUUAACAAAACAAAACAUGAGAGAAAAUAUGUUACUGGAAGUAAGUGUGAUUAUAUAGCAAGCUUUAUACCUUUCUAUAUAAGAAUCUAUACACAAAUGCAUAAUCACAGUAGUAGCCAAAUAGAUGGUUUAAACUAUGUGCCUAAUGAAUAUGUUUCCCACCAAAGAAUCAGAGAUUAGAGUUCUUAUGAGUUUGUGAAAAGUAAAAUGUCAGAAAGGACUGGAUUACCCAUUUAUUGUGAUUAAAAUGUUCACCAUUCAAAACCAGUAAAUCAUACAGCAUAAUCAAAUCUCAAUUGCCAAUUUCAUGGUUAUUUGGUCUCCCUACCAUAUACGUCUGUGAUUUUUAAUGGAUCUCUUAAGUGCACUUCAAGAAGGUAAAUGACAGCAUUGGUUCCUUCUCUGGGAGAUUGCUACCUGCAAUAAUAUUGAGCUCAUUGAAGCAAAUCAUGCAUGCAAUUAGCCUCUUACUACUCAUUCAUUCCUUCCCCAUCUCUAUGACAUUAAAAUGUUCAAGAAUAUAGAAAGGCCUGGCUCACUGUUUAAGGUGUGUUCAAGGCAUGGUCUCGUCUCUGAUUGUUUAAAGAAAUGUGGAACUACUACUUUUCAUCGUGUUCCUUUAAGCUAUCAUAUGAAACAAAAUACUUCUGGGCAGUCUCAGUGUAGUUCAGUCACACUGACCUGCAUCUCAUCACUGCACGAUUUAUGUUUUCAGACACCACGCCAUCAGGAAAACGAGUGCUUGAAAUGCAUGAUUUAUCAGCUUUCCUCCCUGCUCUGCAUUAAAGUGCUAAUGAUUUAUCAGUUCUAUUUUUCUAUUGAUUCUUUCAUCUUUGAAUAACAAAUAGCAGUUAGUGAUUCUGUUGAACACAACUCUGUGCAUGGAUUUAUUGAUUUCAAGUGAAAUUGCUGUAAUUUUACUUCUUUGGUUUGAAAACUCAAGUGAAUGCUGUUGUAUCAAAUAGCUGCUCUCAAGCAAUGUUCUGUAAUGGAAGAUUAUGUAUAAAGUGUAUUCCUUUAGUAUUCCAGGAACAUUGGAUGCUAAAUACCAAUCAACAAUAACUUUAAUUGCUUCAAAAAUAAAAGCUUUUGAAUAGAAUUAAGACAUAAUUUAGCUUACCCAGGAAAAUUAUGAUUAAAAUUGCAAAUUCAGUACAGCAAUCAGUUGUCCUAGUAUAGUAAUAAUAAAAUAGUUAUUCAUCAGAACAGCAAUCUAGACCAAAAGAAUGUUCAAAACAACCACAAACGCAUCACUCACAUAAUGUUACAUAACACAUCUUUUGCUUUUGUGCAUCUCUCAUUACAGGUAAUAAAUAUUUUUACACAAAUUGAUGAGCUUUUCUACAGUGGGCAGGCAGACCUUGUACCAAAAUGUUAUUUUGAAUCCACAAAUUAUUUCAUGUUCUGUAAUACAUUAAGGCAGCAGCAGUUUCUGAAUUAUUUGCAGCAUCUGUGCACUGGGGACCGAUAAUAGAAAAAUUAAAGACCUGGCCUGGAUGUUUCAGUAGCUGAUAUAGUGGGCCCCUGCUGCACUUCAGCAUAGCUGCAUGAGGACCAGCAGUGCUAACAGGUACUACAUUUCAGUCCAUUGGAUUCAUGGGUAACACUAAUAAGUCUUCAAAAAAGAAUCAAUUUUGACUUUUCUAAACUCGUUUUUUUUUUAAGAUAACUGAUGUGCUUGCCCUUUGAGUACACUACUCCUGGGGUUUGGAAAGUAGUUUUUUUUUUAAAUCUACUUUGAUGGUUUUGAAAUAAGAGAAGAUAUUCUCUUCUUUUUCUAUGACAGCUUCAUGUGAAGAAUAUAUAUUUUAAGGAAAAUUCUAAAUGGAAAGUUCUAUGGCAUAUUAAAAUAUUGAAUUAUGAAUGUUAGCUUUACAAAAUGGAAACUUUUCUUCUAGGUGUGUGGGUGUUGGAGGUGUUGAGUCAACCUAUUUUUUAACUCUCGUAGACAUAGUAGUGAUAAAGUUCCAAAUGAAGCGUGUGAAAAAUGAAAACUGCACUAACUUACAAAGGUCAGAGGAUCUCAAGGAUAGAGGUUCAUACCCUGCUACACACUGCCAUACAGUAAAUUCAUAAACAGAGAUGACAGAUUCCAGAAAAAAACUGGAAAUGCACACUUUUAGGAAAUAGGAAGAGUGAUAUCUGUGUACAUCCAGUAUUUCAAACGUCAUAUGUGUAUUUUCUCACUCUCCAUCAUGUGUGUGUCAAGUGUACUUGAUGCGGAGAGUGAUGGUUAAGUUUUGGUAAUAGAAGAAAAAAGCCUUUUACUUUGAAUGGGCUAUGUGGUUGCUGCCUUUCUAGAGCUCUCUGACCAGGGGUUCAGUGUAGACAGUCUCCUGAAGGCAAGACACACCCAUUACUCACUUUGUUCAGGUGUCUUGUAUUAGGGAGUGGGGCUAAGUACUUUUUCCGGGGCACAAUCUGCUUGAAUCCAAGACUGUCAAUACUACUCACACUAGCUAGGGCUCUUAGGUGGUUCCUUUCCUAUUUCUGUUAGUGUUAGCUGGUUUUCUGUUGGUUUUGAAAAGAAAGGCGUAUUUUUAUGGUACAUAUAACCCUCAAAGAAGUAAUCAAUGCAUAACAUAUAUUCCACAUUAAAGGAUAUACCUUUAUAGCACUUAUAGCAUAUAUUGAGACUGUGGAAUGUAAUAAAAUAAUAAAUAAAUCUAAGAAAAGCCUUUUGUUCUGUGAAAGACAGAUAUCCCCUCCUUAAACCAGCCAAACUGAAAUGAAUUGUGUUUAAAGGUUUGAGUAAAUUCUCAUUUGAACCUUUCUAUAUAUUCUUAUUGUGUUUAAAACAUAGGGUUUGUUUAAUUAAACUAUCUUAA